AUGACUAAAAUUUGCAUCAUACCAAAUAAGGAUUGCACCUCUGAAAUCUGUGACAGAUCAAUUUCAUCACUUUAUGUUCAUUCUUUAAUAGAUGAUCCUGUUGAAAAAGAUUUACAAGGAUUUGAUGAUAAAAAUAUUUUUUCAGCAUUAAAUUUAAUUGAAAAUAUUCAACAAAAUCUUAAUUAUCUUUCAAUUUGUUUGUCAAAAUUUGGUUUAUAUCAAUCAGAUAAUCUUAGUUCACUUAUAUUACAAAAUUUAGGACAAAUUCUUCCUAAUAGAUUAGAAUAUUUAAGUUUGGAUCUUAAAAUCAAUAUAAAUGAUUUGAAAGUAUUUUUCAAUAAUUCUCAAAAUGUUUUUAUUAGGAGGUUUUUAAUCAGAGAAAAGACGCAUCAAGAUAGUGAAAUCAUUUUAUCUUGUAUUAAGCAAUAUGUUAUGAAAGAAAAAAGGGUCGCAUAUUUAGCUACAGAUAGUAUUCCUAUUGGUUCUAAUGAUGUAGAAGAGUUUAAAGUUCAUGGUAUUCAAGUUAUGAGAUAUGAUCAAUUACAUAUUCAAGUUUAUGAUUUUAUAAACGAAUUGAGUUAGUUAUAUAAUUCUUGAGAUUUGUUAAAUAAUUUUAUUUUACAAAAUUAUAAUGGAAAGUUGAUAAUAUAAUGAGUAAAUGGAAGUGUAUGGUUCUUGUAACAUAAAGUUUUA